UCAGUGUUUCUGGAACCAGAAAACAACACAGACCACUCCAAAUAUGUUGAAGCUGGUGGUGUUGUCUUGCUUCCUGGCGGCGGCGUCCGCUUCGGGUCUCCUCGGCUACGCGGCCCCCUGGGGGUACGCCGCGCCGCUGUGGCAGCCGACCAACUACCGCGGCCCCCUGUCGCUCGCCCCCGGCCAGCCCGCCAACAUCAUUGCCGCUGACGGCAGGCCCCUCGACACUCUGGAUGUGAACCUGGACCGCUCCGCCCACUUCACCGCCAAGGCUCUCAACGGAUUCCACUUGUUGAAGAAGCGCUCCGUCGCCGUCGUCGCUCCCUACGCCGCUCCCUUCGCUGCUCCUUUCGUCGCUCCUUACGCUGCGCCCUUGGCUUACGCCGCACCCUACUACCAACCCUACAACUACCGCGGCCCCCUGUCGCUUGCCCCCGGACAGCCCGCCAACAUCCUCGGCUCCGACGGCAGGCCCCUCGACACCCUGGACGUCAACUUGGACCGUUCCGCUCACCUCACCGCUAAAGCUCUGAGCGGCGCCCACAUUCUCAAGAAGCGCUCCGUGGUCGCCCCCAUCAGCACCAUCGCUGUCGCCAGGACCCCACUGAUCGCCCCCUACUCGUACGCCGCUUCCUGGGCUCCCUACAGAACGAUCUCGUACGCUGCUCCCAUUGCCCCCAUCGGCCACUACGCUCACGUCCUAUAAGUCAACACCAUCCGACUCUUUGUAAAUAUUCACAUGUUGAAAAUAAAUACAAAUAACAAAUGA